AUGCCGGCCGGGGCGGCUGUCAUCUGGGGUCCCUGUACGCACGUGUCAGCGGGCACUAAGAUACGCCAUCGAGGAAGGGGACGCAAACGUACAGCGAGACCGGAGCUCGACGACGACGACGUGGUGUCGCCCGAACCGCCCGAACCGGAAGAAGUGGUCGUGGUGGCACUGGUGCUCGAGGAAGUGGAGCUGGCGCUCGUCUCCAUGGUCGUGGGCGUGCUGGCGGAGUUGGACGUCGUCUCCGAGGUCGUCUCCGAGGUCGAGGCCGAGGUCGAGGCCGAGGUCGUGGCCGCUGGUGCCGUCGACACGAUGGUGCUCGUCACGACCUGGCCGUCAGAGGUAAAAACGCUGACGAUCGUGGACACGGACCCGGCAGCAGCCGCAUUGCCGUUGCCAUUCUGCUGCGUGUUAGCACGCCGCGCACAACGACGGGGGCUUGGCUCAAGGGUAAAAACGCACAUUAGCGUUGUCGCCGCUGCUUCCGUUGCUGCUGCCGCUGUUGUUGGUGCUGCCGCUGUUGUUGGUGCCGUCACUGCUUCCACUGCCACUGCUACCGUUGCUGCCGCCGCUGGUGCCGCCGCUGGUGCCGCCGCUGGUGCCGCCGUUGCUGGUGCCACUGCUGCCGUUGCUGCCGUUGCUGGUGCCGCCGCUGGUGCCGCCACUGGUACCGCCACUGGUACCACUGCUGCUGCCGCCGGAGCUGGUGCCGCUGUCGCCGCUGGUGCCGCCGCUGGUGCCGCCGGAGCUGGUGCCGCUGGUGCCGCCGCUGGUGCCGGAGCUGCCGCCGCUGGUGCCGCCGUUGGUGCCGCCGCUGGUGCCGGAGCUGCCGUCGCUGGUGCCGGAGCUGCCGCCGCUGGUGCCGGAGCUGCCGCCGCUGGUGCCGGAGCUGCCGCCGCUGGUGCCGCCGCUGGUGCCGCCGCUGGUGCCGCCGGUACCACCGCUGGUGCCGCCGCUGGUGCCGCCGCUGGUGCCACCGCUGGUACCGCCACUGGUACCGCCACUGGUACCGCCACUACUGCCGCCGCUGGUGCCGGUGCCGGUGCCGGUGCCACCGCUUCCGCCGUCGUUGAUGGUCACGCCAGCACCUGCAUGCAUCUGUGUGCCAUAGGCAAGGAUCUUGGCAACAUCCACUCCGUCGCAGACGGCGUUGGAGCAGUCACGGAUGCCGAAGAUGUAAUCCUUGUUGGAGCAGAGGCACUUUUGGUCGCCCUGGCUGCAACCGAGCUCCUUGGCCUUCUCGGCCGAGUUCAUGUUGUUCAGACAGGUUUGCUGGCACCGCGUCAGCUCCGGCACCCAACGGCCGUCGGCGAGUCACAAGAACGUACCGCGCACGAGGCGAGGCUGGACAGAUCCUGGGCAGUGGCUGCCGCUGCCAGGAUGCUGAUACCGACGACGAUCGACUUCAUCUUGACGGUAAUGGGUCGAGUGGUGCGUUCAGACAAAGGCUAG